GGCCGGUCCGACUUCGUGCGUUCGCCUGGCACCGCUAUGAUCGCCCUCCCCCAGCCCCGUGACGGCGCCGCUUCCGAAGGCAACGAUGGCGACGGAGGAAGCGCCGGCGCGAGGUCCCGAGUCGGUGCGGGAGGAUCCUCCUCGACCGCCACCGGCGAGCCCUCUUCAGGUGGUGGAUCGACGGCGCGAAAGCCCAGGGGGAGGCCCCUCGGCUCCAAGAACAAACCGAAGCCGCCGGUGGUCAUCACCAGGAGGAGCGAGUCCGCAAUGCACCCGUUGGUUCUGGAGCUCGCCGGCGGCUCCGACGUCGUCUCCGGCAUCUCCGAGUUCGCCCGCCGCCGCGGCGUUGGCGUCUCUGUUCUUGACGGGAGAGGCGCCGUCGCCGACGUCACACUCCGCCACCCAUCCGCCGGUGGCCCGUCCACCAUCUCAGUGCCAGGACGCUUCGACAUCCUCUCGCUCUCUGGCACAUUGCUUCCUUCCGAGCCGCCCGCCCCAGAGGUGGUAGUAUGGCCCGCCCAGCUGUCUCCCCUGACCGUCUCCCUGGCGGGGCCGCAUGGGCAAGUCAUAGGGGGAACGGUGGCGGGGCCGAUGACGGCAGUGGGGCCAGUGUUGCUGGUGGCGGCGACGUUCCCAAAGCCCGAGUUCCACCGGCUACCGUUGGCGGAGGAGGACGGGGAGUCGUUCAGGGAGGAGGACGUGAAGCCGGAGGCGGACUCAACGGCUGCUUUCGGUGAGCCUAGUCCGUUGCCUCGUCAGCUCACCCACACAGAUGUGGUUCUAUGGGCCCAGCCGUCGUCGUCGUCUCGUCCUCCCCGUCAUUGCUAAACCACCCUGCAGUUACUACAAGGUAGAGAAGGAAAAGGAGGGAAACGUCAUGAGUUCGCUGAGAUGCCACUUUUGCUUCGUGAGUGAGAAGCUACGAAGUCAUUUUAUCUUUAUUUUUGUUGCGAACAGCCAAACUCCGACUUCCAAUGCUUUGCCGGAACAAAGAUUGACAAGCGUCAGUCGAUCAAUUCCUUGAAGAUUUCUUUCUUCUUCAUUUCUUCUGUUUUUUUAUCUCCACAGUGAGAAGCUUCCAACGGAAGCAAUGUCGUCAA